GCGAAAUGUGGCCCCUUUUCGGGAAUUUUGGUUCAGACUCGCGUGCCAUUGAGUUUGUAUUCUCUAUUCUUCUUCGCUAGCACUAAUAUUUUACCAGCCAUGCGACUGCAUUCCAUUCUCCUCAGCCUGCUGGCCCUGGCUGUCGCCAGAGUGUACAGCACCGCUCUGACAUAUAAACUUGGCGCCAACGAGAAGGCCUGUUUCUUCAGCAAUGUCGAGCGAGCCGGUGCCAAAGUCGCAUUCUAUUUUGCUGUUCAAUCCGGUGGCUCCUUCGACAUCGACUACGAGGUGGUAGGGCCCAACGACAAGAAGAUUAUGGGCGGAGAAAAGGAGAGACAGGGAGACUUUGUCUUUACCGCGCAGACUGCGGGCGAGUACCGCGUCUGCUUCAACAAUGAGAUGUCUACGUUCGCAGACAAGAUGGUUGACUUUGAGGUCGCUGUUGAGGACGAAUCCAAGUCCGCCCUCCUCCCUCAAAAGGCCGGCUCAACACCCGAACAAACCUCCGCACUAGAAGACCUGGUGUUCAAGAUUAGUGGGCAACUCAGCACUGUCAGCAGAAUGCAAAAAUACUUCCGCACUCGAGAGAACCGCAACUUCAGCACAGUCAGGAGUACGGAACAGCGCAUCUUCAAUUUCAGUCUAAUUGAGGUCUGCAUGAUGGUCGGCAUGGCUGGACUACAGGUACUGGUAGUCAGGUUUUUCUUUCAAGGAGCGAGGAAAGGCUAUGUAUAAAUUACUGUGUCGCUGCUACCGGUUGCAUAGCCCACGACAUGAUAUCUUGUCACGGCACGGGACGGACGAUCUUGACGAGGAUGAAAAGGUCAUAGACAUGAAAGAUCCGGGAGUUUGGGAAGUCAUUUUGAUCGCUCGACGAUUGGCGUUCCUUGCUGCAAGAGUGGUGCGAGACAUUCCGUCCAAGAAUAAUGGACGAUGUAGAAGUGGCCUCAAACACCGCUUUCACCAGAACCACAAAUUACUCCUGCUGUCAGCCUUUAUGGUGGCAGCGGAUCCGUCCACAGCUGUCACGCCCUGUCCAUCUUCCAUUACCUGCCAAGAUGCUCUUACAUCUUUCUGCUCCGUUUUCUACUGUUCUUUCUCCUUUUCAAAUCAGGUAUGGCUUCGGAGCAUCGAGUUGGUCUAGGCGCCGGUGGUGUAUUACAAUGUCGAUCGUGAGAUCCAAUCCCACACCAACUCUGGGGUUGUCUCUUCAGAACUUACCAUCGCAGGUCUUGCAUCUAUCACCAGUUACGGGCUGAAAUGAGGGGAUGGUUUUGUGCUGACGCGACUGGCGGCGACGACAAUCGAGCACAUGUGAAUUAUCGAGAGAGUAGGGACGAAGGAGGAUAUGGAAUAAAUCGGAUCAGGCUGCGGUCACCAUCACACAACCAAGCCGCCCCCAAUCGGCCCUUGUUCGUGUAUCAUCUGGCUGGCUAUCUGCUCUGUGGAUCUAUUCGUCUUUCGCCG